AUGCAGGACACCUGGGUCCCUGGCACACUCCCCUUGAUCUUUGGCCUGCUUUCCAGUCUCCAACCAGUAAGUGCCAAUCGGACUGUAAACACAUGUGACAUCUUAAGCUGCCCCGAAGGAUUCACGUGCUGUGAAAAUGAAUGCUGCCUACAAAGAAACAUCUGGGAUCCUGCAAAGGACCCAUUCAGGAUCUUGUUCAUCCUGACAUGCAUCAUUUUUCCUCUUUUGUGCAUCUGUGGGCUUGUGAGGCACUUCUGUCCCAGUUGCAGAGAACUUCAGCAUGACUUCAGAACAGCAGAUCAUCACAUACCUCCAGAACCACCCUCCAUUGCUCCCCUAGAGAGCAUUUGGGUCACCUCCUUGGGUCCCCCACCAUCCUACAGUCAGGUUGUUCUGAACUCAACUCCUACAGAACUACCUCCUCCCUACAGCCUCAGGUCUAAGGGCCCUGCUGACCAGAUGGGAGGGCAUGCCUAUGCAACCCUUUGA